AAGCAUUUUUAAGCACGUUUUGUUCCACACAAAUAAUUCCAAUCCAAUUAUCUCACUUUUACUCGACUUUCGUUUUCAACAAGAAUAUUAAUAUAUAAUUGUGUAUAAACCCACCAAAGACAUGGCCCUUGCGUUUGAGAGAAAUCAAGUUGGAGUGAAGAGCUUUGGACAAAGUGUCACUGUUCCUAACGACCCCAAGGCCAAGUUGAUGUAUUAUCUUAACUGUAUGGCUACGGUAAGGGAAAUAUAUGCUUCCUGUUUUGUUUAAAUUAAUUGUCACAAAAUAAAAGGAAGAUUACACCGCGGAUCUUUAUACACAUGCAGUUAAAUCGAACGUGGUUCAACAACUAUAAUCAGGGUUAUCCACAUGUUGCUUUGAAAUCAACACAUUACUGAACAAUGUCGUAACAAAAAUAAUUUUAUGAUAUAGCGCAAAGUGCAUAUUUAAGAUAGGGAAAUGAAUGCAACUCUCAACGAGCUGUAUUUAUAGGUUUAUGCCAAUAAUUUCUAGCAGGGGAAUAGAUGAUUCUUGACCACAGUCUGUCCACAGAUAUGCAUGUGUGAUAAGUAGUGUAAUGGUAGAUGCUUUCACCUUUAGCAAAAAAUGUAAAAUAACAAUAUGCAAAUUAGGUAAACGCAUGCGUGAAAGCCAUGCAUUGGUGGCAAAACGUUUCAGCAGCUAUUUAACGGACGUAAAAUUAAGCAAAUUUUCUGAUAUUUGGACCAUUAAUAAAACACGUAACAAAUUUCUCGCCCAUGAACUCAAACUGCGUUUUAACGUUUUAAAUUUCGCGCGCAAGCUAUUUUUAAUGCUGCUAAAAAGGACUCCCCCUGCUCUGGAAAAUUUAUCUUUACGAAAAUUUUUUGAGUUAUUCUACAUUAUAGGUACCCAAACAAUCUAUAUUUCACGAUCUGAACGGAUUUGUAAAAUUGGGUGCCGUUUCAAAAUUGUUACAAUGUGUAGCAUACAUACACAAUGUGUAGAUAUACAAUGUGUAGCACAAAAAAGAACAAUGUUAUUUGUUUAGUAUUUUGUAUCUUUAUGUUUGAAUCUUAAUAAUUGGGUAAGCAAUUAACAAAAUAAAGGCUAGCUAGAAUAUUCUGUUUGUUAAGGUUUUAGAUUUAGAAGAUUUGCCACGAGAAUUCACAAGCUACUCCAACUACCGGGCACUCAACGACACAAUGGCCGGACAUUUACUGGAAUUGUGCAAGCUAAUGUCACCAGAUAUCCUGAACGGAAAGUGUAUAUUCCAAGUUGAAGAGAUGGAAGGAUCUUCAAACAAGUUCGUCGAGCUUUCAGCAGCAAAAACAACAAUGGUGGCUACUGCAAGCGUUAUGAUGGCUGGGAGGAACGUGCAGGUCGCGAAAAUUAUGUUUUAUAAACCAGUUUGGAAGCGUACCUAUUAUGACGAACCAAUCGUGGCAUUGCAGCGUAGUCUUGCAACAAGAUCUAGACCAGCAUUGACUGGAUCUCGCUCCAGCGGCAAAAAGAAGAGCAAUUGUGUUCUUAUGUAAGCUUAAUAUUGACGAUCAGAAUUUGCCAUCUUAAUCUGUGACUCUACAAUUAGCACGUGAAUUAACAUUUGGUAAACGUUUUAGUUGGAUCGAAAUACAUAACUCUCUUAGAACGUUAACAUGACAUGAUUGUAUUUAAUUUUGUGAAGCACACGGAAGGCCAAUUAUAUAUGGCUUCGUCAUAAUUCCUUAUUCUAUAAACUUUUUACUUAUUUUUUUGCACUACAGGAUCCAAAAUAUAAAUAUUGUGAUUUUCCGCUUUAUUCUAGUUGUAUUCCU